GCAGCAGCUGUGUUUACGUUGUGUGCAAGGUGGUGGUUUGUUAUGAAUAUAUAUGUGUGCUGUGUUGCAAAACACAAUGAGUGUUGUGAAGAGAAAGUUUGUAAAAAGACUUAACAAUGACUGGGAAGUGUAUGUUUCAGCAAAGUACCCAGACAAAUAUUUUUAUUUCAACUUAAGGACUGGAGUUACGACUUGGGAACCUCCUGAUCCAGCUGAAGACGUGCAAAUUAAGCAGGAAGAAGAGAGUGGUUAUUCUCCCACAGACCCCGAGUGUAGGACACUGAGAGUUGGAUGUAUGAGUACAAAUUCUGAUACCAAGUCACCUGACAAUCCACAUGAACAGAGGACUAUUACAAUGACGAAUGAAAGAUGUGCUCCUAUUUCUGGGGCUAAGGUGGUUCCUACUUCAUUAAAUACAGGUCGCUUUGUGAAAGAAGAGCCUACAUAUCCUGAGUUGACAAUUGAUGAAACGGUUUGUGGCAGUCAUGAAACAUCAGACAAUUCUAGCUGUUCGAACAACAGGCUUAAUAUUAGUAGAAACAAUAUAAAUUAUGAACAAGGAAAAUCUCAAGUGCAAGGAACUGGCAGAGUUAAGUUAAAGCGACGUUGGGUGGAAUCUGAAGAUUCAAGUGCUUCUUGUGAUCAAGUCAAUGCCAAAAAACAAACUGGUGUCAGCAGGAGCUCUGGUCUGAAUACUGGCCAAAUCAGUCAUAAAUUUACAGCUUCUGGGUCAACGCAGGCAGCUGAAAGUGGAAUGCAGAGCAAUUUUACUGAAAAAGCAAGGAAAACUGGCUCUGUUGCUGGUAUAGCAGAACAGAGGUUGGUUCGUUUAAGGAAGGUACUGGAAAAACAGAAAACUCUGUCACCAAGAAAAAAUAGCAACAUCUCUGCAACUUCUUUGCCAGAAAAACGAAGUCCCAGGGCUACAAAACCAUCGGUUACUGAUAGGGAGGCCAGCUCUCCCACAAGCAGUAAUACUGUUAAACAGGGCGAAAAAUUUUUGCCAACUCAAGGAAAUGCCAGGGCUGCAAAUACUGUUCUUGAUAGGAAAGUCAUCUCUCCCACAGACAGUAUUACUACGAAACGGAGUGAACAAUUUUCACCUCCUCAAGGAAGUCACAUAUCUGGAAACAUUGUUUCUGAUGGGAGUCGUGUAUCUUCCACGCAGAAUAUUAGUACCAAACAAUAUAAACAAUUUUCACCUCAAAAAGGUUCACGUCGCAAGAAGAAUGUAGCUGCUAAUCGGUUGAAAGUUUUACAGGACCAACUGAAAAAAGAUCAAAAAACAUUGCAAGGAAAUCAGAACAAGAAUGUGCAACCUAAACAACCAAUUUGUGUUGUUGUACAUGACUCACACAGAACCAAUGAUGAAGCAGAGUUUUUGAAAGCAGAAGAACAAAUGCUAAUGGAUGUUCAAGAAUUACGAGAAGAAAUUCAUAAGGCAGGUGGUGUGAACCCUGAAGAAAUAGAGGAAAUGAUUUGUGAAAUAAUACCAUCUUCAUUUCCUGAUACAAAAUCCAAUUUGUAUAUUGUUUCGGACACCAAUGUCCUGGUCUCCAACUGUCAGUCCAUUGACAAGCUUUGCAAUACAAAUGUAGAAGGAAUUGGCUGUCCAGUUUUCAUCAUACCGUGGAUGGUUCUACAUGAACUGGAUAUUUUAAAGGACAGAAGAGAUGUAACAAAGAGCAAGAUGACAGCAGUACGAGCUCAGAAGGCCAUUACAUUCCUGCACAAAUGUUUUUCAACCAAACAUCCUCGAGUCAUAGGACAGACCGUGUCCGACGCUGGCCCUGAUGCUCUUAGUGGUUUAUGUAAUCCUGACAACAGCAUUCUUCAGUGCUGCCUACAACAAAUGGGACUGGGCCGCAAAGUGCUGCUGCUUAGUGAUGACAAGAAUUUGCAGAAUAAAUGUAUGGUAAAUGGAAUUGAUGCAGUUGGCAAAAGUGAUUUAAAGAAUUACUUAGAAAAAUUGAGUAAACAGAAUAAAAAUAAGCCAGAAGCGGCAAAGACACUUACUUCCAAUCCAGGAGAGUCAUCAUUUGAAGAAUCUGAUGUAAAAGUUAAUAUUUUAGUCACAAAUCUGAUGCACUGUGCAAAAGAAGUACUUUCAAAGAUUAUUGUGCAAGAAAUGGGAAGUGCAUAUGGUGACAAGUGGAUUGAUGUUAUUUGUGUGAAGCCACCUUUUUCUCUCAGUGAUAUUUUUACCUGUCUGAUGCAGCACUGGAUGGCUGUGUUCGGACUGGUAAUGAGCAAAAACAGCUUGGCUACAGUGAAGGAACUCAAAAAACUGUGUGAAUCUCCUCAUGAAAAAAAUCAAGGUUGUAGAAUAUCCAUAGAAGAUGUGAAGAACAUUGCAAUCAGAUUUGCACGCCUUACUUCUGAGUUUGUGAAACCACUCUACAGUAAAUUGAUAAAAGAAGCACAGUUAUAUUUAGAGAAUUUAAUCAGUGAUUGUGAGAAUCCAUUUUCACGUUCAGAGCUGAAAAAUUCUGUGACGUUCAGUGAACCAUCCCCUGAUUGGGUCGUGUCCAAACACCUAGUUGUUGUUGAAAACAUUAGAAAGAUAUGCAUUGCUCUAGUGGAGCUUUGUCAACAACUGCGGAUGGUAAUAGCUCAUGACCAGAGUUUGGUACAAGCAAGACUACAGGUAGUACUCUCUGAAGAUGAUUUAAAAACAUGGGUGUCAUAUUUUUACGGGCCUGUAUCAAACCUGUAUUUAAUAAUGGAAAGUGUUGCUGGAGCUAAAGAAGCCCAGGCCAUGCACUCUCCAGAAAUGGUCCCAGUAAUGGACCAUAUGUUCAAAGAUUUUUCUGAACUGUACAGAUUAAUUUCAUCAGGGCAGCAGGUGGGGUUCACUAUUGAGGAUAUGUUCUCAUUCUUUGAAGAUAGUGAAACAAGUGAUAUAUUUAAGGAAAUUAAAGAACAAUUCCAUAAUUGUGGAGUUAUAAUGAGGCAAGCUGUUGAUCAUUUUUCUGAAAAAGACCUCAUCCCUUUCUCCAACAAUAAUAGUGCUAAUAACAGCAUUUCACUGGAUGAUGUGGAAAUGGAAGAACAGUUCAGUGAUACUGAUAAAUAUCCCUGACUGAAUUUCUUUGAAAUUGUAAAAUAUCUCUCCUUACCUGCAGCUAUUGACUCUCAGAGUUGUAAAUUUUUGUUGUAUGUCUUGUAAGUCUGUAUCAUCCUUAUCAUAUGUCUUAUAUACACAGAGUGUCUGUCCCAAGAGUUAUCAGGCUCACUUUCUGUUGUAUUUUUGCUUAUAUUUGCAAUUUUGUUUUUGCAAUGUGUAGUGGAGCCAGCUCUAACAAAUACUGCUUAUCACAAAACUUUCACUUGAAGCCUAUUGCCUAUGGAAAGUAUCUGUUUGUUUCCCAUUACCAUUAAAAUGAUUUCUACAUCAGAUUUUUAGGUGUUAUUUUUUUUAAAGUGGUACCAACUUAGUCUAGUGCAAUAUUCAUUUUAUCAAUAUGUAUCAACAGGGACAGUAAAAUUCUAAGAAUUGCCAGUACUCCAGCCUUGAUUAACAUUCUACCAUGCUCCGUGCUGCCUGCUCGUGCCGUGCAGCAUCAGCACUUUAGUUGCUGUUGGAGUACUAUUUAUUAUUUUUGUUUUACUCUCCCUGUUAUGAAAUAUUGUUAAAAUGAAUAUCACACUAGAGUAAUUUGGGAUUGGUAUGUCAAGUAAGCAUGUAAAAUUCUGCCUUAAAAUAAUUUUGCUUGUGACAAGAAACAAACAAAUCCUUUCUAUUGAAAAUGGAUGUCACAUGAAAUGUGUGAUGUGCAGUAUUUGUUUGUGCUGACUCCAUCUACACAUUGCAAAGACCUCCCAAAAUGCCAGAGAAAAUGCACUUGAUGACUCUUGUACCUGUAUAUACCUGAGUGUGUCUGUACAUAGAACCAUAUUUGUUUGUGAAAGGAAAAUUUUCAUUUUUGUUUUGCUUUUUACUACAGUUCAUGCACACAGGACACACAUAUGUACAAGAGGGGAAAUCAAGGGAGGGAAAGAGUAUUUUGGUACAACGGAUGAGCAGUGAGACUAGAGGCAGUAGUGUUAUACAUAGGAAAGUGUAAAAAGGGUUUAUUUUACAAGUAUAUCCAUAUGAAAUAUACUAUUCAGUCAUAAGCAAACAGUAGCUCAUCUAUUAAGAAGGAAUUUACAAAUCUUUUGAGUAAUUAAAGAAACAGUUGUUCAUUACAAGUAAUACAUUUCAUCUUUUGAUUUAAUACUAUGAAUCAUUCUCUGUCACUAUUGCCACAUGUAAGAACACAUUUAGAAAAUGCUCCAGGCUGUGUUUCUUCAACUUCUGCAACCAUGUCUGUUUCAUAUCGACUGACAGUGUCAGUUGAUUUACUUUCAUGUUUACCUGUGGAAACAUCAUUGCUUCUAUCACUGUGACUAUCACUAUUCAAAUCACUUCCCACGUGUAUGAUCAUCACCAGUGUUUAGUCCAAUAAUCAUUCACUUGAAAUGUACUGCUCUUCAGUUUUCUUUAUGCUCUCACAGUGUGUCUUCCAGUCUUAUUUUGUUGUGAAAGAACUUGUUCAUUUAUAAGUUUUAGUAAUAUGUCUAUUCAGAUUGCCACGUUAAGUUCAGAAACACUGUUCUUGAUACUUGCUCAUAUCAGCACUAUAGGAUUUAAUUCUGGAUGAUACAGAGAAAGUCGUAAUAUGGCAUGACUGUGUUUGAUUAAAAUACUGUCUGUUUUAUAAGCACCCUGGCCUGGUUUGUUCAUUUGGAUCACUGAAUAUAACUGGUGUCUCAGCAUGUCCUUGUGAAAAAGAAUUAUCUUCUAUGUUAACCAGGAAAUCAUUUUCAGCACACCCUAUAAUGAGUUGUUACUCCACCUGUACAACAAGUGUCAACAUAUGUCUCAUCCGCAAAGACAAUUGGACGACACUCACAUCUGUACUCUCUGAUACUUUUCAAGUAAGUUAUUUGUUUUUACCUGAUACGACUUUAUUCUGCUUGUACACGAAUCUUAGAAUUCAAAGAAUUUUGUGAAGUGUGCUUAUACUUCCUUCGGUAUUUAUUGAACUCUCUAAUUUUGUAUACCUUUUCUUUAAAUUGGAUCUCCUUUCUUUGUAAUGUAGAAAUUAUUUGCCAUGUGGAGACAAACAUGUUCAUUAAAAUUGCCUAGACUGAGCCUCCAAGAUAUUUUUGGCAUUUACUUAUGUGCGUCGAACAUGUUGAGAAUUCAUCUGCGUGGACUCUUUCCAGUUCUCUCUUGGUUUGCCAGAUGGAAGUAAAUGAAACACCAGUUGCUUCAUCUACUCAUUUCAAUGUGGAUUGUAGUCUCAUUGGAGCAUGUAACUCAGCUUCUUUGUUCAUAAACUGGUAGACGUAUUCAACCACUUUGCAGGUUUGACUGUGAAGAAUUUUUCCAUUUAACUUGCUUUGUACUAGUGGCAUCUUCAACUUUGAAUGUGAUCUCCCAGAGUAUUUCCAACUGUCACUCCACCUGACAUGAUAGCAAUACAUCUGAUUGUGGUGAUCAACUGAGCAGGGCCAACUGCACAUCUUGUUUACACUGUAAAGUUCUGUUUGCAUGAACUGUGUACAUGAAUAUAUUUUUUGUAUUAUUUACUGAAUGUAGGGCCACUUCAGUAUAUAUAUCUGUGAUAUUUGUUAGAGGCUGCAAACCUUGUAAUGUGUGUAUAUGUCAAUUAUUGUAAAUGUUACUUCAAAGAAACUCUAAAUGGACCAAUAUGUGAAUCCACAGUCAAACCAUAAAAUUGCUAGUCAUUUUGUGGAAAGUGUAUUUCUGUAUAUGUAUUUCUUUUGUUACUUCAUGUGAAUAAAUGAU